UAAGCGUCGCAAAAAGAAUUAGCGGCGUUUUUGACACUUAUAGCAGCGUUUUUUAAACGCCGCUAAAAGCUGAAUUUCCUGCAGUGGAACCACCGGCAUCAGUGUCGGUUUCAGUUUCCUUGGCCGUGACUUCUACAACGCCCUUGCCAACAAAGACCAAGAACAGUUCACCAAGCAACUGUUGUACUACCUCGGUGCUUUUGCUGGUGGAAUUCCGGUGAGCAAAUUGCUCUACUUUCUUAGAUUUUUGUGUUGAGAGAGACUAUGCCAGAGAAACUCUUUCUUUGAGGUGGAGGUCUUGGAUGACAAACUAUUACAUAGAUCGCUAUCUAAAGAAUAGGACAUUCUACAAAAUACAGUCCCAAUCAAUAAUUGACAAUCCAGAUCAGAGGAUUGUUGAUGAUCUAAGUUCCUUCACUGGGACAGCACUUUCAUUCUCUUUGACACUAUUCAAUGCUGCAGUAGAUUUGGUAUCAUUUAGCAACAUCCUGUAUGGUAUCUAUCCGCCAUUGUUUGCUGUACUUCUUGUUUAUUCAAUCGGUGGAACAGCAAUUAGUGUUUUCCUUGGGAGGGGACUAGUAACCUUAAACUUUUUGCAAGAGAAAAAAGAAGCAGAUUUCCGUUUUGGACUGGUACGUCUUCGAGAAAAUGCUGAAUCAAUUGCAUUCUACGCUGGUGAGGACAAUGAAAAGCAACUACUGCUGCAACGCUUCAGAAGUGCUUUUGAAAACUUAACUGUAUGGAUUACCUUCUAUUCUUUUGAUGUUUCUGCUUCCAUAAUAAACACCUUUAUAUAGAAGGUUUAUUGCUAU